GUGAUUUUGCGACUUGACAGUUCUCUUUGACUUUCCCGAAAACAGAAAAGUGUGAGGCGGUGUUGUUAGAAUUUCAUCCGGAAAAUUGUAAUUUUCUUUGGUUUUACCUCGUGAACAGCUGGAAAAUCAACGCUCAAGUUUACAUUUGCCUCACGGCGGCGGCGGAACCUCCCAUUAAGUAGAAUUAUAAGCGAUGGAGGAAAGGAAUCCAAUUGUGCUGGUUCUGUCCGCCGAUGCUUCCACGGAGCCGGAAUCGCUGAUUGCCAAAGUGCGCAAGAUUCCGAGCAAUGAAAACCAACAGGAACUGGCCGAGGGUCGUACCGGAUAUCGGUAUCACAUACGGACCAAGUACUACGAAACGGAUGUCCUGUUGUGUCCGUGGCGGAGUUCGGAGGAGUUGUGUGAUCUGCCGGAGGAAAUUCUGAAACAGAUGGACGGAAUUUUGAUUUACUUCGAUGCAAAGGAUCGGGAGUUUUUGAAGGUUUUGCCGGAUUAUGCCGCUUUUGUGACGGACACCGGGAUUGAAUUUGGGAUUUUGCUGUGUUCGGAGCUGGCGGAGGAGAGUGACAAGGGAAUUACUUUUAAGGAGGCAAAACAGUACUGUAAUGUUCUGGACGUGAUUGAGCUGGAACCGAGUGGAGAAACGGAAGAAGGGGAAGCAGCUGGAGUGGACGAGCUGGUCCAGGCAAUGCAUAAUUUUAUCUGGUCCAAUGUGGACAUGAACAGAAAAAGCGGUGCUGCGGAAAACGGCGGUGGUGGAGAAGGAGGAGGGAACAGUGAGGAAACUGCUUCGGCAGAUGACGAAUUACGGAUUGAGGAAGAGCUGAUGGGAUUCGAAAAGUUGCUGACGCAGGUGAUGCAAUUCCGUCCGAAUACGAGCUCGUGGACCAGAAAUGAGCGAUUAGCCUAUGCGCAGGAGUUUGCGGAGAUUUUUGAUGAUCUGAUAGGCGAUGAGGAUGGAGAUGUUUAAAAAGGGGGUAGAGCAGCGGUUCUGUUGAACUCGUACGAGUAAUUCCGCGGAGGUCAUUCCAUGUCUAAAUAAUGGAUGCUGCGUCAGAGACCACGUUUGAUAUAAUUUAUUUAAAACUGAGUAUAUGAAAACUUUGAGUGGAAAUGCGUAUUAUAUUUGUCGCGUUGAUUUUAGAAUACAUAUAUUAUUGUAACUCAUAUUUUAUAUUGAUGAUUAAAAGAUAGUGUUGGAAAAUCACA